AUGGUUGAUUCUAGUUUUGAGGGAUUGGUCACUGAGGAGAUUAUCGGAUGUCAACUUCCGGGGAACCCAACGUCUUANAUAAUUUCUUUACACAAAAAAUGGUAUGUUUUUAGGGGAGAGAGCAGAGAUUUUAAAGACCACCUCUUUACCGUCGGUAAAUCUUCAGUGGUGCAGCUUAUGAAAACCUUGGAUGUGUACUUGGCCAGUAACACAAAAGAGGAUUUUUGUGAUUUUAGAGUCAAAGGCAACUGGCUGGAACGAGCUUGUGUUGUUUAUGCUGGAGAGUCUUCCACAACUGUUGCCCAAAUGCACAAAAAGCUUUCUGUGGGAGACAAAGGCAGGUUCAUGGUGACAGUUUAUCCCAAUAUUGAUUAUGCAUUUAUAGUAGCCCUUAUCGUUAUCCUCGAUGCGAUUCACGAUGAUGAUGGUGCUGACUGAAAAGUUCUGCUAUAAAAUGCUUGCUAUCAAUGGAAUAAUCUGCUGUUUU